CAGGAGGUCGCCAUAUUUCUGUACGGCCCUGGGGCGGCCCCGGCAGUGCUCGGGUCGGGAGAGGUGCUGACAGGGCGGGGCCGCCGCUCGCCGCCGCCGGCCUCACCCCUCCCGCCGGGGACAGGUGGCUGGAGCGCGCCCCGCCUCCGCCAGCUGCGGGUGGGAGCGAGGGAGGGCCAGUCCCGGACGGCCACCGCCUGCUGCGAGCGGGAGUGAGCGAGGGCUGGUCCGGGACGGCCGGGCGAGGAGUCCGCCGGCAGCAAGCGAGUAUCGUGGCGGCCAAAAAAAUGCUCCUGUACCGAGGGGCCCCCGCGGGCCCUGGCGCUCCUGGCGGCGGGCUGACUCGGCCGGGUAGCGGCCCGCAGGCCUUCGGGAUCCGCCUGAGCACGAUGAGCCCCCGCUACCUACAGAGCAACUCCAGCAGCCACACGCGACCCUUCAGUGCCAUCGCGGAGCUGCUAGAUAAUGCUGUAGAUCCAGAUGUAUCCGCCAGGACGGUGUUUAUAGAUGUUGAGGAGGUCAAGAAUAAAUCUUGUUUGACCUUUACUGAUGAUGGAUGUGGUAUGACACCUCAUAAACUACACCGAAUGCUGAGCUUUGGUUUUACAGAUAAAGUAAUAAAGAAGAGCCAGUGUCCCAUCGGGGUCUUUGGUAAUGGGUUCAAGUCUGGCUCGAUGCGGCUCGGAAAGGACGCUCUUGUCUUCACCAAGAAUGGGGGUACCCUGACUGUUGGACUCCUAUCACAGACCUACCUGGAAUGUGUCCAGGCCCAGGCAGUUAUUGUACCAAUUGUUCCAUUCAACCAGCAAAACAAAAAAAUGAUUAUUACUGAGGAUUCCUUGCCCAGCCUAGAAGCCAUCUUGAAUUAUUCAAUCUUCAACAGUGAAAAUGACCUGUUGGCCCAGUUUGAUGCCAUCCCAGGCAAAAAAGGCACCCGUGUUCUCAUUUGGAACAUCCGCAGAAAUAAAGAUGGAAAGUCUGAGUUGGACUUUGAUACAGAUCAGUAUGACAUCCUGGUAUCAGACUUUGACACAGAAGAGAAAGAGACUGGUGAUGUUACCUCUGAGCUGCCAGAAACAGAGUAUUCUUUACGGGCGUUUUGUGGUAUUCUAUAUAUGAAGCCACGAAUGAAAAUUUUUCUGCGUCAAAAGAAGGUGACCACACAGAUGAUUGCCAAGAGCCUGGCCAAUGUAGGAUAUGAUCUAUAUAAGCCUACCUUCACAAAUAAGCAGGUGAGAAUCACGUUUGGGUUCUCCUGCAAGAAUAGCAACCAGUUUGGAGUAAUGAUGUAUCAUAACAACAGACUCAUAAAGUCCUUUGAGAAGGUGGGAUGCCAGGUGAAGCCAACUCGUGGAGAAGGUGUAGGAGUAAUUGGAGUCAUUGAGUGCAAUUUCCUAAAACCUGCCUACAACAAACAAGACUUUGAGUACACCAAGGAGUAUCGGUUGACAAUAAAUGCCCUUGCUCAGAAGCUCAAUGCAUAUUGGAAGGAAAAGACUUCUCAAGAGAAUUUUGAGACCUCAGUUAUAGCUAGGCCAAUACCGAAGAUUCCUGACCAGACGUGGGUACAGUGUGAUGAGUGUCUUAAAUGGAGGAAGCUUCCUGGCAAGGUGGAUCCAUCCACACUACCUGCAAGAUGGUUUUGUUAUUAUAAUACCCAUCCAAAAUACAGGAGAUGCUCUGUUCCAGAGGAACAAGAACUCAUUGACGAAGACCUGUACUUGAGCAAAGCUAAAAAGCAAGAUCAAACCGUCGAGAAGAAGAAGAUGCCUUUGGAGAAUGAAAGCCAGCAGGUAUUCACCGAUCCACCGAAGAUCCCUCCUAUUCAAGAUAUGACUGGCUUGAAUGACAAGACAACUGGAUGUGAAAUAAUUGACAGCCCUAGCCUACUUCCAUCUGUUGGCGAAGAAAGCAGAUCACCUUCUCUUCAACUCAAGUCUCUGGAUUCCAGUGCUUUUCAGUUUUCCAGUAAGUACAAAUGGAUACUAGGCGAGGAGCCUGUGGAGAAACGAAGAAGGCUCCAGAAUGAGACAACAACACCUCCUCUGGAUUAUUCCAUGCCUGGCUCUUACAGGAGGGUGGAGGCAGCUGUUGCCUACCCAGAAGGCGAGAACACCCAUGAUAAGUCCAGUUCUGAGAGAAGUACACCACCAUGCCUUUAUCCAGAAUACCCAGAAGCAAGCAAGAAUACAGGCCAGAGUAGGGAUGUUUCAGUUCUGUUUCCAGGAGCCCAAGACCAACGUCAGGGGUCCCUGCUUCCUGAAGAAUUAGAUCAGAUGCCAAGACUGGUAGCAGAAGAAUCUAACCGAGGUAGCACAAACCUGAACAAAGAAGAAGUGAACAAGGGACCUUUUGUAGCUGUUGUCGGUGUUGCCAAAGGUGUUAGAGAUUCAGGGGCUCCCAUUCAGUUGAUCCCUUUUAACAGAGAGGAGCUUGCUGAGAGAAGAAAAGCAGCUGAGUCCUGGAACCCAGUGCCUUACUCUUCUUUGACCUCGGCUGCGAUUCCUGCUGCAGCCACCGGGGAGAAAGGAAGAGGCUAUGAGGAGAGUGGAGGUUGUCAUACGCCAAAGAUGAAGAACCAAAGAGAGCUGGAAGAGUUGAAGAGAACCACAGAAAAACUGGAACGUGUUUUGGCCGAAAGGAAUUUGUUCCAGCAAAAGGUGGAGGAGCUGGAACAGGAGAGAAACCACUGGCAUUCUGAAUUCAAGAAAGUUCAACAUGAGUUGGUGACCUACAGCACCCAGGAGUCCGAAGGCUUGUACUGGAGCAAGAAACACAUGGGUUAUCGUCAAGCUGAGUUCCAGAUUCUGAAAGCUGAACUGGAAAGAACCAAAGAGGAAAAACAAGAAUUAAAAGAGAAACUGAAGGAGACAGAGACACACCUGGAAGUGUUGCAGAAGGCUCAGGUCUCCUACCGGACCCCAGAGGGAGAUGACCUGGACAGGGCUUUGGCAAAGCUUACGCGGCUGCGUAUCCACGUCAGCUAUCUCCUUACUUCUGUCCUCCCUCACUUGGAGCUUCGUGAGAUCGGGUAUGACUCAGAACAAGUGGAUGGGAUCCUGUACACAGUGCUGGAGGCAAAUCACAUACUGGAUUGAGCACCAGACUCUCUCUCUCUCUCUCUCUCUCUCUCUCUCUCUCCUCUACUCAUUUCAGUCUGUAUACUCUAUAUACUCUUCUAUCUUCUCUACCCUUCCUUUCUUCUCUUCUCCUUUCCCUCUCUCCCCGAUGCCUCUGUCUUUCUCUCUCUAUCACUUGUAUGCCUUAUGUAGAGAAUCUUUGAGUAAAUCCUGACUCUUAAUCAAUCUGCUUCUUACUCAGUUUUGGUGUGGAGAAAGAUGCCAAUUAAGUAGGAUUUCAAGAGUCAAGAAACAGAAAAGCAAGUCACCAAGCUAGGUGACAUGAAAGAUUUACUAUUCAUGACCCAGAUACUCAGCCUAUUUAAUAUUCUUUCUGAAAUAGUUUGUAUUUUUUUAGGUUAAAUCAGUUGGCAAAUACUGGGUCCAAUGUACCAGGUGUUUGGGGAUAAGCUGAGAAAUAGAAGUCAUGGUUUCAACCUGCAAGGAUCUAAUAAUCUAGUUGGAGACACCAGACAUAUACCAGGUUGCCUAACUAUACACAGAAGUAUUUGAUGUCUUCAAGUGAGAGGUACAAACCUGACAUAGAAGAGUUGGGUGGGGGGUGGGAUGGAGAUCUGAAGGAGGAAGUUCAAGGCAGGUAUCACACCAGAAAUGGGACCUACACUAAGAUUUAAAGAAGGAGCAUGACCACACUGCUGAUGAACAGUGGUUCUUUAGGUUGUAGGACUAUGGUUGAUUUUUUUUCUUCUUCCUAUCUUCCUGCCUUUUUCAAAUUUUCUAUAAUAAACUUGUUAUUCUUCCUGGAAAAAAAUAAAUUCUUUAAAAAAAAGAGCAAGUAAGCUUGAAUUUGGAUAUCAAAUGAGAGACUGUGAAAUUAUGAUAUUAUAAUUUAUGUUAAAUUUAGCAUUACCUCUGGAAGAACAAUAUAAAUGCACAAAAAUCACAAGAUGUGAAACAAGUGUCUCUGUUAGAAGUGAUGGGUUAAAAAAACGAUGGGUCAAUGUAAAUUUUGAAAAAACCCUCGAAUAUAUCAUCAAGUUGUGGACUUGUAGGUAGUGGGGGAAGUAUUUUCGAGCAGGGAGAUUUCCUGGUGCCCCUCAAAAUUACACCUGCCUGCUCUUCAGGCUAAGGUAGGAUGAGGGGUAGUCCUCAUAGUACCAGAAAUAAUAAAACUCAUACUCUUUUGUAAAAGGAUGCAUUGUAUUAAUUAAUGGCUUUAUUGUAUUUAUAAAGCACACACUCUGAAAGAGUUCAAGGUACUCUUCAGAAGAUGUUGAACAAUGAACACAUAAAAUAAAUCAACAGUGAAAAAUAGGAUGUAGAGGAGAAACAAUCAAAGGAACUUGGGAUCAAACAGUGAAAAAAGAUUAGCUAAUCUAAAGGAAAUGUUUUGGAUUUUUAUUCUAUUUCGCCUGUGCAGAGUUACUUCAGAAAACUCUUUGCAAGCGAUUUUUGCCUCCUUUGAAAGGAGGCCCGUGGUAGAUAUUCCAGUGAGACUGCAGGAAACCAGCGGAAGCCAUCACCAGGCUUCAGCCCUAGAAUCAGUGUUUAAAGAUCUCCUCUGCCCCUUUGGAUUACCAAAGUCAAGGCCCCAGUUGUCUAAAUAUGACUGAAGGGAGAGCAGCACAUUCAAUCUUUCUUGCAGUGAUACUGUUCUUGACGUGGAGGCUGGAAAGGGAUGGGGUUUUGCACAGAUCUAGAUAAUAUGGAUAGGAGUCUGAUGGAUAAAGAAAAAACAGCAUUGAAGAAUCAAGCUCUGUUAUUUGCUGGGUGAGCAAGGGGACGAAGAAGGAAGGAAGGUUGGCAAUUGGGCUUUCAAAGGGAAAAAAUAGGUGAGAAAGUUCUAACUCAUCUUUUACUAGUGCUUUCUCUCAGCCCAUCCACUGGGCCAUGGUUCUGACUCCACACUGCUUAUCCAGCCAGUUACCCCAUGAGUCCAUUCACUUCAAUAGCAGAGCAGCUUCUUUGUCGCUUACUUAUUAAGAAACUGUUCCAGCCUGGGAUCCCUUUAACUACUGAUUGAGUGUCACUGUGGAGAGGUUGGGGAGUGCUCUCCCAGCCUUUCCAGAGUUUAUGGUCUAGUGUGAAGGCAAAAGGCGUUGAAGGAAAAAGUGGGUGCCUCCUCCUGGCUUUCCUGAUGGGUUAGCAUAUCUUUUCGAAUCUCUAAUGAUUGGCCUUUAACUUUCCAUUUCCAUGGUCAGCAGAGGUCCUUAUUAUUUCAUGCCUUGAUAAUUGAAACAGAUUCACUGGCCUUGUUUGCUUCCUCUUCCCAUUCCUCAGCCUACCCUACACAAUAUUAUUAAAUUGCUUUUAGAAACUU